AUGCAUUUGAGAAUAGUUUUCUCCUGUGCUCUGCUUCUAGUGACGGUAGUGUCUCCUCCUUUGGCUAAUGCGUCCAGCAAAGCAAUACAUCAGGUCUACAUUGUGUAUCUGGGGGAGAAACAUGAUGAUCCCUCCAUGGUCACCGCAUCACACCAUGACCUACUAACCUCGGUUUUGGGGAGCAAGGCUGAAGCCUUGAAGUCCAUAGUUUACAGUUACAAGCACGGAUUCUCUGGGUUUGCAGCAAUGCUCACCGAGUCUCAAGCCGAGACACUUGCAGAAUUCCCCCAAGUCAUCAAUGUGAAUCCUAACACUUAUCACCAAGUACACACAACUCGCAGCUGGGACUUCCUUGGCCUUGACUAUAAGAACAACCACCAACAACAACCGAGCCUCCUUAGAAGAGCAAAGUACGGUGAGGAUGUCAUCAUUGGGGUGAUUGAUACAGGCAUAUGGCCUGAAUCACCAAGCUUUGAAGACAACGGAUAUGGAUCUAUACCGGAACGGUGGAGAGGCACAUGCCAAACUGGCCAGUCGUUCGACAACACAAAAUGCAAUCGAAAGAUAAUCGGGGCACGGUGGUACGGCCACGGCAUCAGGGCAGCAGUGCUUAAGAGAGAUAUCAUGUCGCCUAGGGACUCAAACGGCCACGGAACACACGUAGCAUCGAUAAUCGCGGGUAGCCAGGUGAGUGGUGUGAGCUAUGGGGGUAACCUAGCCACAGGCACAACACGCGGCGGAGCGCCACGCGCGCGUCUAGGUAUCUACAAGGUGUGCUGGGGGGACAAGGGCUGCCCUGACAUGGCGAUCCUGGCGGCUAUCGAUGACGCCAUACACGAUGGCGUGGACAUCUUGUCUAUCUCGUUGGGACUGGCCGGCCAUGAGAUCCCAGGGACGUUGCAUGCUGUGCUACGAGGGAUCUCCGUCGUGGUCUCCGGGGGUAAUGAUGGUCCUGUGCCACAAACGGUGUCGAAUGCCGUUCCAUGGGUCACUACGGUGGCCGCUAGCACAAUUGACCGUGCUUUCCCCACUCUAAUAUCUCUCGGAAACAAGGAAAAUCUAGUAGGGCAGUCUCUUUACUAUAAUGCAUCUGUGGUCAGCAACAACUUUGAGGACCUUGUUUAUGGGCGAAGCUGCAACGAGGCAUCACUGGCAUCGAGAAACGUCACUGGUAAAUUUGUGAUGUGCUACGCACCGGAGGCGCCGCCUGGUGCACGCCUCCAUACAGCCAUUUACCAUACGAUGGAUGCCGGUGCCAAGGGAUUAAUCUUCGCGCAGCAUGCCAACAAUGAACUCGACACUCUGGACGAGUGCGACGGCAUCAUGCCUUGUGUGCUCGUGGAUUUCGAGAUCGCGGAGAGAAUCCUAUCAUACUGGGGCAUCACAGGGAAACCGGUGGUGAAGGUCUCGCCUGCCGUGACUGUUGUUGGAGAUGGGGUGUCGGCGCCGAGAGUCGCCUCAUUCUCGUCGAGAGGCCCGAGCCCCUUGUUCCCGGGCACACUCAAGCCUGAUAUAUCUGCACCGGGAGUCAUCAUCCUGGCGGCCAUGAGAGGCUCCUACCAGUUAAUGUCUGGAACGUCUAUGGCAUGUCCUCAUGUCUCUGCGGUCACCGGCCUGCUCAAGUCAGUUCACCCAGACUGGUCGCCUGCCAUGCUCAAGUCUGCUAUCGUCACUACCGCGUCGUUCGUUGAUCUUUUUGGUAUGCCGAUCCAAGCAGAGGGUGCCCCAAGGAAGCUUGCCGACCCCUUCGACUUUGGUGGUGGCAACAUUGACCCAGACAGGGCUGCUGACCCCGGAUUGGUCUAUGACGUGGAUGCAGGAGACUAUAUCAAGUUCGUCAACUGCACCCAACAUGGAUCAUGGCUAGACGACUGCGAGUUAAACCAGCGCAACCUCAACCUCCCGUCAAUUGCUGUGCCAAACCUCAAGGACUAUGUCACGGUCCGACGCACUGUCAUGAACGUCGGGCCAUUGGAAGCAACCUACCGAGUGGAGGUUGAGGCUCCAGCAGGCGUAGCAGUGUCCGUGGAACCAUCUGUGAUUAAUUUCACCAGAGGCGCUAGCAGAAGUAUAACAUUCGUGGUGGCUUUCACUGCAAGGCAGAGAGUGCAAGGUGGGUACGUCUUUGGGAGCUUGAUAUGGAGGUCAAAUGGAAGUGCACACUCAGUGAGAAUUCCAGUUGCAGUACGAACUGUGAUACAAGAUUUUGUUGCAGAUACAUCAUAA